AUGACACGGCGAUGUCGCAGGAAUGUACCAAAACAACAAACCAGAGCAGAGCUUGCAGGAGAAGCUCAGAAAACAGACAGCUCUUCGAGUCCGCGUGUACCUAAGACACAAUACCAACAUUUCAUUCCACGGUUCAUAUUACGAAGAUUCCAAGUCGGACCUGUGAAGUCCAGAAAAGAACGAGACAAAGAAUUUCAACGCACCGGUGUUGAUCCUGAAUACGUCCGCUACUAUGAUGUUGCUACAGGUAGUCUUGACAUUCGUCCUAUUGGAAAGGUUUACGGCGUACCGAAUGUCUACCAGGACGUCCGAAACGCCCUUAAUAUCAACGAAGUAGAGGAGAAAUUAGGGAAACUCGAAAAUCGUGCGGCCUCCAUUAUCACGGACUUGCACAAAGCGCUUCCUCAGGGUACUUUGACUCUGAAGCGGAGGACGCUAGAGGACCUGCGGAAGUUCCUAUUUAUCAUGCAUUAUCGCAAUGUAUCAUGCUCCGACAUCUACUUUCAAGCGGAUCACCCGGAGAACGCAAGCAGCCGUCAGUGGAUUGAGUCCUUCAUGCAGGCGAAGGGUCUUCAUUCUGCUGCCGAGGCAUGGCUAUACUUCCUCAGAUACUACCUGGAUACAUCUCAUUCAAACAUCAUGCAAGAUGCUGCAGAACUUGUAGAGAAGUACGGCGAAGGUGGUCUUCAAAAAAUGAUGAUUGAAUCUCAUAUCCCACCUGAUCUCGAACACUUCCCAGCUUACACUUACUACGUUCAGGCGAAUGGCUACUUCUUCAGUAUCUGGGAAGCCGCAGAGGGAGAAGAAUUCAUCAUUACAUCCCACACAUUUGGUCUGUGGGAGGGAUUGGGAUAUGGUUGCCCUGGCAUGCACCGCAUAUUCGUAGUCAGCCCUCGCAUUGCUAUCGUCCUGCGUCAUGUGUUAUCGCGUCCAGAGUUGAAAGAAGACACGAAGCCUGGUGCCUUCGUGAGCUGCUUGCUCGACGUGAAUCCAGCACCACCAACUCCAAUUUACACCCGUGGAGAACACGGCACACAUAUCGACCAAAUAAAUUUCCAAUCUGCGAUGGCACUUGCACGUUACAGAUCCUCCCAGAAAGGGGAGGAUGACAGUUUUGUGUUCAAGAUCACAAAGCUGUCGCGACCCCAAACAUUAAACUUCAAUUCCGUUCUAUUAGUGAAUGUGACGGAGACAGGCUCUUUGACCUUCCUGUCAAAGGAGAGCAUGCUCCGUUCCGCGCGUGCAUUCCUGAGUUGGCCAGUCUAUGGGCUGCUCGUUCCGCUCAUCGCCCGAUUAACGGAUCCCACGGAGUCAGAAGUGUCGGCUCCUCGCCCACCAUCACAGUCGCCAGUGGCUGUCCCCGAUCAGGACGUGGAUGCACUUACCCUCGUUGAUGUAGGGCUCUAUGUGCUCCUAAUGCAGAUAUGCACGGGUAUCAGGCAGUUCGAAACGGCAUACGGCAGGGCACAUCUAGUCUUCAGAAUCAUGGAUAAAGCAAAGCCCACUUCAUUCGCAGACGAAAUCAGUCGAGAAGUCGAGAAGGCUUUCAAGAUCUGCAAAGAUUCGGAGGAUGAAAUGCCCGUUGGAGAGGGCAUCAGUUUCGCUCCCUUGCUCUCUUCAAUUUCCAACGAGUUGUCUUCUAAACUCUUCCGAUUCAUGAUACCUUGCAUGAGCAGACUGGGCGCAGUGAUGUCUGGAGGUGAAGGAAUUAUGGAAGAGCUCCAAGAUGAAGUCACCGUAGUGUGCUUUCUUGCACGUGCGUCGAGCAGCCCAGCAGUGUGGCAUGCACUCUCGUGUAUCAGCCCACAGGCCCCUGAAAUCUUGUCAAAGGUAUUCAAGGAAGGCACUCCAGGAGAUGCAUCUACUGCGAGCUUCACGCGGUUGAUGUACCGCCAGCGGGCUUCGCUAUCAUCUUUCUCUUCCGGGUUCCACCUGGCAUAUUCGUUACGAGCAAUGUGCGCAAUGUCUGGGCCAACCACCAAUACCGUCAGUCGGAGCUACUAUCAGUUAACGGCUUCUAUAAUACAACGUCUCGGUCGCACAAUGCUGGGAUACCUGCCGGAGCCAUAUGCUUCGCAGCCACGCGAGAGGCCCAAGGCCCGGCUUAUCUACAAAAUCCCAGAAAAACAUUCAGACUUACUUUUUUCGAAUAUGAAGAUGAUACUGCGGUAUUCGCUCCCGGGAUAUGUGCCAUCGCCAGGAGGGAACACUCCAGAACAGACCCUCAUGAGGUGGAUAGAUGAGAUGGCCAUCGUCGGUAGUCUUGUGUGGUUGGGGAAGCACAGGAGGAAUUAUUUGGACUUCACUCUGCAUGUGUUUCUGCAGGGUAUGAAUUUCAAGCUGUUUGAAGAUGAAGAAGCCACUGGGAGUACCUAG